AAGAAAGAAAGAAAAAAAAGUACAUUCUGUAACUAUAUUUGAAACCAGAGAUAACAUUCAGCAAUGAAGACCACAUUAGUCUCUCAACUUCCUAGAUAAAUUUACCAGCAUAAUUACCAAAUUGCCCCAUUUUAGAGAACUAGCUCCUACUCCUUAAACACGCCUUAGACUGCCCUAGUCAACUCCUACAAUGGGCUCCUAUGACACCAUCCUAUCAAGUUUAUUUUCCUGUGUUGUUUGCUCUCCCUUGAUGCAACACACCAAAUAAACCCAGUCGUGUUGGAAUACACUGUGUGGUCAUUGGGUGGCUGCCGACACCUGUGCAAAUCUACGGAGCCCAUUUGGAGGCUUCCUGCACCUCCAUACCCUGAGCCCCUGCCCUGGUUCAUGCCAGUAGGCAUGCUCCAAAAUCGUUAGAAUUUAGAGCGAAGAAAAACUCCUGAUUCCAGGGCAUCAGAAAGCCAAGCACUUAUCAGAUGAUUAAGUCUGACUUGAAAGGAUUAAGCUCAGAGCAGAUAAUUACUUGGAAUGAAUUAUCUUGGGAAGACCUGCGGGGAUUGGACAGCCACCCUAAGGUGGAUCAAGGGGCGGGUUGUUUGAAUUCCUUAUUAAGCAUAGAGCCUAGGCCCUUCCUCGCUUUUCCAAGUCUUUUGCCAACCAGUUUCUUAGACUUUCCCCUAUUCUGAAUCAGGUGGGAGCAGAGCAUGGACAUGGGAACAGGUGCUCUCAGCAAGGAGCCGUGGUGGACCCUACCCGAAAACUUUCAUGCUCCAAUUGUGUUCCACAUGGAAGAGGACCAGGAGGAGCUCAUCUUCGGACUUGAUGACACAUACCUUCGCUGCAUUGAGCUGCACAGCCACACCCUUAUUCAGCUGGAGAGUUGUUUUACAGCUACAGGCCAGACUCGUGUGACCGUAGUCGGACCACCAAUGGCAAAGCAGUGGCUGCUGCUCAUGUUCCGUUCCGUGGGGAGCCACUACUCCAAGUGUCACGCUCAAGGUCUGAAGAUGCUCGAGCGUGUCCGAAGCCAGCCCCUGACCAACGACGACCUGGUCGCCUCCAUUAGCCUGCCACCCUACACCGGAGACUGAUCUCCCCUGGGAAGCGGGGAUGAGAGGAGAAGUCUUGGCUUCACUUUUGCUGAGAAAGACAUGAAAAACAAUGAAGAAAGUUUGAAUCUGUGGCCAGACCUGCCCCUCUCAGGCCUUCUAGGCAUGUGUCUGAGGCAAAUCUCCUGAAUGCAAGAAGUGUUAUUGGUAAAGCAAUCCAAUAAAAUAAGCUACCUAUGAUGCAAA